AGGCGCGUCGGGGCCGCGAGGGGGCGCUGUUAGGCCGCCUUCUCUGCGUCUCUGGCGGCGGAAGCACGGAAGGAAGGAAGGCAGGAAGGAGCGGAGGAGGAAGCGGAGGCGGAGGCCAGGCCCUGCCGAGCGAGAGAGAGAGCGAGGGAAGGAAGCACGAAAGGAGGGAGGGAGAGGGCCCGUCUCCUGCGCGGGGAGCGAGAUGGGCCCCCGCCGCCGCCGCCCGCCCUUCGCUGCCGCCUCUCCGCCUCCGGGGCCCCGGCUCUUCCUCCUCCCGCCGCCACCGGGCCGAAGCCGGCGCUGGGCCUCCUGCCUGGGGGGCCACUGAGAGGGGCCCACUCCCCUGCCGCUUCUCAUCUGGACGGACGCAACGGCCCUGGCAACAAGGAUGAGUGUCCCUGACUUCACGCCAGACCCCGGGGGCGGCUUCUCGGAGGAUGCCCCGCGGCCCCCAGUCCCCGGCGAGGAGGGGGAGCUGGUUUCCGCUGAGACUGGGCGCCCACCCAGCCACGGGGGCUUCUUCCACAGUGGGGAGGCCCUCAAGGCGGAGGCCACGCCCCGGCGGCCGGACCUGGACCUGGGCUACGAGCCCGAAGGCAGCGCUUCCCCGACACCCCCUGCCCUGCGCUGGGCCGGCUCCCUGCACUCGCUACUGGACGACCGGGACGGGACCCAGCUCUUCCGCAGCUUCCUACGGGAGGAGGGCUGCGCCGACCUGCUAGACUUCUGGUUUGCCUGCAGUGGCUUCCGGAAGCUGGCGCCCGGCGAAGGCAGCGAGGAGAAGCGGCUUAAGCUGGCCAGGGCCAUUUACAAGAAGUACGUUUUGCACGGUGCUGGCGUGGUAGCACGUAGGGUCAAGCCAGCCACCAAGAGCUUCAUCCGGGACUGCGUCCUGCGGCAGCUGGUGGACCCGGCCGCCUUCGAUCAGGCCCAGACCGAGGUUCAGGCUGCCAUCGAGGAGCACUCCUACCCACUCUUCCUCAAGUCCGACAUCUACCUGGAAUACGCUAGGAGUGGUGGAGGAGGAGGGGGCUGCGGAGGCGGGGAGAGCCCCAAGGGCCCCUGUGGAGAACACAGCCCCGAGGGCAACGGGAAGAGCCUCCCAGGCUACCUGCCCACCCUCAACGAGGACGAGGAGUGGAAGGGCGAGGGGACCCCCGAGGGGAAGGGGAAAGGGGGCGUGUGCCGGGUGGUGGCGGAGGGCCCCCGAGACCCCCUACUGCCUCCCCCCUCCGGGUGCCUGACCCAGACGCUACGAAGGGAGACCGCUGUCCAGCAGGCCGCCCCCGGAGCCCCUCCCUCGGCCAGCAGCACUGCCGCAGUGGCCCCCAGGCGCUACAGCGAGGGACGGGAGUUCAGACCCAGUCCGUGGAGGGAGCCGGUGCACCCCUAUUACGUCAACACGGGCUUCGCCUUGGCCCCGGCCGCCAGCGCCAAUGACAGCGAGCAACACAGCAUGUCCAGCGAUGCCGACACCAUGUCCCUGACCGACAGCAGCGUAGACGGGAUCCCUCCCUACCGACUCCGGAAGCAGCAUCGCAGAGAGAUGCAGGAAAGUGCCAAAGCCAACGGACGUGUGCCUCUACCUCACAUUCCUCGUACUUACCGAAUGCCAAAGGAUAUCCACGUUGAACCCCAGAAAUUUGCUGCAGAGUUGAUCCACCGGCUGGAGGAGGUCCUGAGGGACCGGGAGGCCGAGGCCAAGCUGGAGGAGCGCCUGAAGCGCGUCCGUGCAGAGGAAGAAGGCGAGGAGCUGGAAAUGCCUCUGGGCCCCUGUCUGGGGAGCCACAAAGUGCUCCUACCCCACUUCGGCCCCCGUUGCUACUCUGAGGCCCCUCCCAGGGACGCCCAUGAGGAGAACCCGGAGAGCAUCCUGGACGAACACGUCCAGCGGGUGAUGAAGACCCCCGGCUGCCAGUCCCCCAAGCCCCGCUCCCCAGACAGUGGCCUCGCUACGACCCCCGGCAAGCCCGCCCUCCACGGCCCCAUGACAGCAAUGGGGCCCUCGCUGCCCUUGGGGCAUGGGAAACAUGCAGGGAAAGUGGGCCCCAGGUUGGAGGGCGCUGGCCUGCACCACCACAAGCACGUCUUUCACCAUGCGGCACAUCAUCACGGCCCCCUCAAGGCCAAGGAGCCGCCCCCCGCCGAGGCCGAGGGCCCCGGGGGACGUGGGGGUGGUGCCUUCGGUUGGGGCUUGGAAGGCGCCCACAAGCCCCGGCUCUACGGGGAGAGCGCCUGCCUGGACCCCGCAGCCUACAGCAGCAAAGCCGGUCUCCUCUCCAAGCGCAGCACCAAGAAGGGCGAGGGGGGCAAAGGAGAUGGCUAUGAAGUCCCUGGUUCACCAGAGGACGUGGAGAGGAACCAGAAGAUCCUGCAGUGGAUCAUCGAGGGUGAGAAGGAGAUCAGCCGGCACAAGAAGACCGGCCACAGUUCCUCCGGCGUUAAGAAGCAGCUGGGCCAUGAACUGGUGCGGCCAGCCUCUGUGGAACGCCCGGUGGCCCUGCACCCCUGGGUCAGCGCUCAGCUGCGGAACGUGGUGCAGCCCUCGCACCCCUUCAUCCAGGACCCCACCAUGCCCCCCAAUCCGGCCCCCAACCCCCUGACGCAGCUGGAGGAAGCCCGGCGGAGGCUGGAGGAGGAGGAGAAGCGGACGGGGAAGGUCCCGGGGAAGCAGAGGUAUGUCCAGGAGGUCAUCCAGCGAGGGCGCUCCUCCUCCUCCUCGGCCAGACCGGCCUGUCUGCCGGUCCUGAAUGUGGUGCCCGCUGUCUCCGACCUGGACCUCUCUGCACCACCCGAGUAUGUGCCCCCCUCCCCCUCUGAGGGCUCCCUCCCUUCCUGCUCUGCCAUUCUGCCCUUGGAUGGCCCCACUCCAGACGCAUCUCCCCAUCUGGUUGUGGGGAAGACCCAGAAGCGGCCCCCGCCGGCCCCCCAGCCGCCUUGCGACAACAUUGUGGUGGCCUACUACUUCUGUGGGGAGCCCAUCCCCUACCGGACGCUGGUGAAGGGCCGCGUGGUCACCCUAGGCCAGUUCAAGGAGCUGCUCACCAAGAAAGGGAACUACAGGUAUUACUUCAAGAAAGUGAGCGACGAGUUCGACUGUGGUGUGGUCUUUGAAGAGGUGCGGGAAGACGAGGCCGUCCUGCCCAUCUUCGAGGAGAAGAUCAUUGGGAAAGUAGAAAAGAUCGACUAGCAGCAGGGAGAUCCAGGGGUGGGGGUCCCCUGGGGGUGCAUCUGCCUUCCUGUUCUGGAGCACUGCAGUGAAGGGCAGCUACUGCUGCUGCUUCUUCCAAGUCUGUUAUGAAUGGGAAAGACCUGCAUGGCACCCCUUUCCAAAAUGGGAAGGGAGGGAGGGAAGGAAGUGGGGGGCUUGUGCACUUAGACCCCUUCCUGCUUUGGGCUUUGUGGGGCUCCCUCCUCAUUGCCUCUGCCCUCAAGGGCUUUCCAUGGGAGGCCUGGCCUUUCCUUCCUCUUAAAGGGGGCUCUUGAGGGAAUUGGGAGGGGGAUCUCACUGCUGCAUCCCCCCAUCUGCAUUUGCAUCACUGAGUGCCUUCAAACCACACAGCUCUCCUCCUCUUCCUCCUCCUCCUCCUCCUGGGUCUGAAGAAGAGGCUGUUUGGCGGCUUCCUCCCUUCCUUCUGGGAGGGGUUUUUAAUGCGCCUGACCUGUCCGUCCGUUGCGGAGGGGAGGGGUCUUUGUUUCCCCUUUUUUCUGAAGGGGCUUCGGUUGUAAAUAUGUACAUUUUGUAAGCAAAGCAUCAGCUGCCAGCGGUUGGGCAGUUGGCAACUGGUGCCUCCAGGACAUUUUUCACACUUCGACUUGUACAAUUUUAUCUUUUGAAAGGUACUUGGAUAAUAAUAAUAAUGAUAAUGGAAUAAAACCCCACGUUCGAAGGGUU